ACAGCUCCCGUUUCCCCCUGGCGCGUUUUUCCGUCUGGAUGGGCACUAUCUGUCUCCGUCUUUCCUAGUUGCGUCUAACUGCAAUGGCUUCUCACGGGUUUUGGUCUCUCGGUGGCCAAAAUGCUGAAAAUCCCGGCAGCCAAAGCCCCAGUACACCAAGAGCAUGGUGUCAGGCAGCGGCCCAGAAAUUUCCCGGUGGUCUUGGAUCGAAAUUAUGUGCGCUGCUAAAUGUCAGCGAGAAUGUCGGCGAGAAUGUCGGCGAGAAACCAGUAGACCCAGAGACCAAACAAGAGCAGGAGACGCCGGCUGAGACCUGCGGUUGUAACAAACCAUGUAAUUGCUCUAAGGCGGCCACUGGCUUCUCAGAGCUCUACUCAACAGAUCUUCUUCCUGCUUUGGAUGGGGAUGCGAAGACAAUGACUUUCCUCCAGGAGGUCGUGGAUAUCAUGCUAACCUAUAUUGUGGAGUCCUUCGAUAGGUCAACGAAAGUCAUCGAUUUUCACUACCCCAAUGAAUUAGUCCAAAGACACAAUUGGGAACUUUCCGAUGAACCAGAGAGCCUGGAUGACAUUCUUGUCAGCUGUCGAGCCACACUGAAAUAUGCCAUUAAAACAGCACACCCCAGGUAUUUCAAUCAGCUCUCCACUGGAUUAGACAUGGUCGGUCUUGCGGCAGAUUGGUUGACAUCGACUGCCAACACCAACAUGUUCACCUAUGAGGUGGCUCCGGUCUUUGUGCUGCUGGAGUACGUCACGCUGAAGAAGAUGAGGGACAUCAUUGGCUGGGCGGACUGCGGAGACGGAAUCUUCUCUCCCGGGGGCGCCAUAUCCAACAUGUACGCCAUGCUGCUGGCUCGGUUCAAGAUGUUCCCUGAAGUCAAGGAGAAAGGAAUGUCCUCCAUCCCCAAACUAGCAGCCUUCACUUCCGAGCAUAGCCAUUUCUCCAUCAAGAAAGGAGCUGCUGCUCUAGGCAUUGGAACAGAGAGUGUCAUCUGCAUCAAGGUGGAUGAGAGAGGGAAGAUGAUACCUUCAGAUCUGGAGAAGAAGAUCCUGGAUGCUAAGCAGAAGGGUCUCGUGCCGUUCUUUGUGAGUGCCACAGCCGGCACUACUGUCUACGGUGCUUUUGAUCCCCUCAUCGCCAUCUCGGACAUCUGCAAGAAAUACGACAUCUGGAUGCACGUGGACGGAGCCUGGGGAGGCAGUCUGCUCAUGUCACGGAAGCAUCGGUGGAAGCUGAACGGGGUUGAGAGAGCCAAUUCAAUGACCUGGAACCCCCAUAAGAUGAUGGCCGUCCCCCUGCAGUGCUCCGCCCUCCUGGUCAGAGAAGAGGGCCUGAUGCAGAACUGCAACCAGAUGCAUGCCGUCUACCUGUUCCAGCAGGAUAAGCACUAUGACCUGUCCUACGACACCGGGGACAAGGCCCUGCAGUGCGGACGCCACGUUGACAUCUUCAAGCUCUGGCUCAUGUGGAGGGCCAAGGGCACCAUCGGUUUUGAAGCCCAGAUUGACAAGUGUCUGGAGCUGUCAGAGUAUCUCUACAACAAGAUCAAGGACAGAGAAGGAUACGAGAUGGUCUUCGAUGGAAAACCUCAGCACACUAACGUGUGUUUCUGGUACCUGCCCCCCGGCCUGCGCUACGUGGAGGACAAGGUGGAGAAGAACAAACGCCUGCACAAGGUGGCUCCCGUGAUCAAGGCGCGCAUGAUGGAGUACGGCACGACCAUGGUGUCCUACCAGCCGCAAGGCAACAACGUCAACUUCUUCCGCAUGGUCAUCUCCAACCCCGCCGCCACCUUCGAGGACAUUGACUUCCUCAUCGAGGAGAUCGAGCGGCUCGGACAGGACCUCUGAGCGAAGCCGAAGCCACCGCCACCUCCACCGCCACCUCGAGCACAGGUCCACACAGUACAGUUCGCAGUAUCAACUCAACACUUGGGACAGUUGGACCCACACUGUGUUUCAAUUUGACUCUCCAAGUGUUGAACUGACACUGGAAAAUGGAGUGCACUGUAAAAAAAAUGAUGAGGUUC